AUGCAAGUUGACCUGUCACCCCAAAAUCAUCAUCAAGAGCAAGGCUUGUAUCCAAGCGUUUUCCCUCCGCUGCCGAAUGAACCUUACGAUGCGUGCAGAACCGAAAAGCACAGUUCAGUGAUCCGAAUCAAAACAGCAGAAGAGACUGCAAACAUAUCUUCUAUUCUGCAGCUUGCUUGGGCAAUUGUAAUUGCGGCUUACACAGACUCGAACGAUGUCGUCUUCGGUUUCUGUGGCGGGAAACCAACAGGCUCGUCCAACCCGGUCUCUGCUGCUCACCUGAAUAUCCAACCAGAGCAGACAGUAGGAAAAGUACUGAAAUCACUGAAUACACAAGACGAUGCUAUGUCUCCACUUUCUGGAUCAGAUCUGCCAGCAUCUUCUGUGUUUCCAAAUAUCUUGGUCGUAAAGAAUGACAUUGAAGAUUGGACAAGCACCAGCCCACCGAUGGUAUUAACCGGUGGUCAUUUCGAUACUUGUCCUUUUUUGUUGACGGGUGUGGACCAACAGACAGAGGUUCAUGUGCAUUUCCACUUUGACCCAGAGAUCCUUUCAUCAACACUGUCGCAGAUAGUGAUGGAUCAAUUGGUCCAUGUUGUGAAUUGCAUCCAGACCAAUCCGGAGGUGCAACUAAAAGAUCUUCUUGAUAUGUCUCCCGAUGGACUGCAGCAAACCCAAACUUGGAACUCUCGUCUCCAGCUGCGCAGACAGGAACUGGGCGUACAUAAUGUGAUUACAAACAGCGAGGAAAACACAAACACCCAGCCUGUAUGCGAUUGGGACGGAAAGUCAGACCAGUCGCAACUAUCGGCAGCAGCAUGGACAGAACGCAAUGAAGAGAACGCUUCAAAAGGGGAGGGCACUCCUCUUACAAGUCGAAGUUCAUCAAUUUCUCCUUCUGAGACGAACUUCAAGCAAGACUUCGCCGUGCUAGCUCCCGAGACCAUGUCAGAGACUUUUCCAUGCACCCAGACACAACAAUGGUUACUCAACAACCACGAAGGAGGUUGCUUCGUGCUCAGCUUCUCGGGGCUCUUGGACCAUUUCAAGCUCGAAUCUGCCUGUCGACUUCUCAUGGAAUCUCACACUGCACUCCGGUCUGUUUUUACACGUGUCGACGGAGCAUUGGUACAAACUGUACUGAAACAAGUCGAUCUCCCCUUCACCGUACACUCCGAUGCGUCUCAAGAUCCGAUAUCAAUUGCACGAAAUUUGUGCGCAGUCAAUCCCGAGAACACCUUCCCUUUGGCUACUCUUCCUCUGUGCUUCACUCUCAUCACUAAAUCUAGAGAUCAGCAUGCUCUGAUGAUUCAACUGUCACACGCCCAAUAUGACAGCGUCUGUCAAGAGACUCUCGUUUCCGAUCUGUGCCAGUUCUACCGAGACCCAACAACCCCUAUCAACGCAACGAACUAUGCUCUAUUCGCGCACGAAGUCAGCAAGCAACAAACUCCAGAGGCAUUUGAUUUCUGGAGCAAUCUUCUUUUAGGCUCAAGCAUCACCGAGAUACCGAACACCGCGCCGCAGAUGCAGUCGAAGAACACCAUCUUGCGAUGCUCGACUAAGGUCACAAUUCAAUCCUUGCCCAGUGGUAUCACCAUGGCGAGCAUGGUCAAAGCCGCCUGGUCAAAUGUUCUCCGGCAAGAGACAGGGGACGAUGAUAUUGUCUUCGCCCAGCUUGUCAAUCUGCGCAGUAUGGACGUGCCAGAUGUACAUCGUACUGUUGGUCUGUGCUCUAACCGAGUGCCUGUUCGAGUGCAGUAUGGGCGAUGCAAAACAGCGCUAGACCUCCUCCACGCUGUUGAGGAUCAACACACGCAGACCAUUCCCUUCAAAGCUGCCGAAUGGGAGAACAUUGUAACCUACAGUACUGACUGGGCCGCCGGAUCUAAACCCCAGAGUCUAGUCAUACAUCAGGACCUUCUUCCUAAGACUGAUGUACAGAUGGAAGAUAAUCUGCGCUGUCAAUUCGCUGAUUGUAUCCAUAUUGAACCCACGGAUGAUUUUUUGAAGCUUUAUUCGGAGGAACUGCGGGGCGGGAUGCUUAAGUUGACAUUAGCAUAUUCCAGCCAUUUUGUGCCGAAAAGUGGGAUCAACGGCUUGUUGGGGAAGCUUCGCAACACUUUGAUGCAUUUCACUGAUGCCCCAGAAAGUGUGUUGGAUUUAUGA